UGCCGGUCGGAGCCGUUGUUUGCGGUUCCGGUCUCGGUCGUCAGAGCAAUUUGGCCUUUGGAUUGAGACUUUAAUGCUUUUGUUGGUUCUUUUCUUCGUUUGAAUCGAAGAUUGGUUUUGGAACCAUAUUCUGCGGUUGGUGAUCUUGGUUCUUGAGAUUCUGGGAACCUUUUGGAUUCAAUUUGAAGGACUAGGAGGAGGAGUAGCUGUUCUUCGAAUCGAGUUCUUGAAGAAUCUGGAAAAGAUUUGAAAUUUACGGUACAUUGGACGUGGAAACUUUCAUUUGAUGAGUGGUUUUGCGGAAUCCCUCUUUAUUUAAAAGGGAUUUGUGUUGCAAUCCUACAGUCUGUGUGUUUGAAGGUUUUGGACAUAAGGAGUUUUCCUGGUGCAAUGCAGUUCCAUUGCCACAAGUAAUGUGUCAAAGUUUCAACACCAAAGGAAAAAGGUGUUGUUUAGUUGCGCUUAUGGGCUGCAUUUGCUCCAAAGGUAUUAGCACAGAUGAGGAUGGUGAGACCCAGCAGAAAGAUCUGAGCAAGUCCUUGAAGCGGUUCGUCACGCUUUCGAAGAAAGAAGAGGUUGUGGUCGCAGUUGCUGAAGUAGUUGCUGGAAAUGAUGGGGGUUCGACAAGGCCAAAAUCAAAGCCACAGGACAAUGCAGCCAGCACUGCAUUCCGAAUGUUGGAUGGGGGUGUGAAGAAAGCCAUGGCGAAUGUUGACAGGACAAGGAAAGCCAUUGGGCACCAGAGACGGGCCACUGUGGUUGUUGGGCCAGAUGGCAGUUCAACAGUUGGUGGCGAUGAGGAAGAGGCGAAUUUGGGGAUUGUUGAUGUGCCCAACGGGUUCUCCGGGGAGCAUGUAGCUGCAGGUUGGCCUUCUUGGCUCACUUCUGUGGCAGGGGAAGCAGUAAAUGGCUGGCUACCUCGGAGAGCAGAUGCAUUUAAGAAGUUAGAUAAGAUUGGACAAGGAACUUACAGUCAUGUGUACAGAGCCCGUGAUCUUGAAACUGGCAAAAUUGUUGCACUCAAGAAAGUGCGAUUUGUUAAUAUGGAUCCUGAAAGUGUCCGCUUUAUGGCAAGGGAAAUUCAGAUUCUGCGUAGACUUGAUCACCCAAAUGUUAUAAAGCUUGAAGGUAUAGUUACAUCACGAAUGUCAGGUGACUUGUAUCUUGUAUUCGAAUAUAUGGAACACGAUCUUGCUGGACUUGCAGCGACGCCAGGGAUCAAGUUCACGGAACCGCAGGUUAAAUGUUAUAUGCAACAGCUACUACAUGGGCUUGAUCAUUGCCAUAGUUGUGGGGUUUUGCAUCGAGAUAUCAAGGGUUCAAAUCUUCUAAUUGACAACAAUGGCAUCCUCAAAAUAGGGGACUUUGGCCUGGCAACAAUUUUCAAUCCUGAUCACAAACAACCGCUAACAAGUCGUGUUGUGACUCUGUGGUAUCGGCCUCCUGAGCUUUUACUGGGUGCCAUAGAGUAUGAUGUUGCUGUUGAUUUGUGGAGUGCUGGUUGCAUCCUUGCAGAAUUGUUUGCUGGGAAGCCAAUCAUGUCUGGAAGAACUGAGGUGGAGCAACUGCACAAGAUUUUCAAGCUGUGUGGGUCACCAUCUGAUGAGUACUGGAAGAAAUUGAAGUUGCCUCAUGCAACUAUUUUCAAACCUCAACACCAAUACCGACGCUGUUUUGCUGAGACAUUUAAGGAUUUCCCUCUUUCAGCAUUAGUACUUUUGGAUUCUCUACUUGCAAUAGAACCAGAGAAUCGGGGAACAGCAGCUUCUGCCCUCGCCAGUGAAUUCUUCAGAUCAAAGCCACUUGCUUGUGAUCCUUCAAGCUUGCCCAAAUAUCCACCUAGCAAGGAGUAUGAUGCCAAACUUCGGGAUGAAGAAGCUAGGAGGCAAAGAGGAGCAGCCAUCAGUGGCCGAUCAGAAUCUGUAAGGCCAGGAAGAGGAGAAUCCAGAGGAAUGCAAGUACAAUUGGUUCAUCAGAAGCGAGAAUCACAGGCAAAUCCCAAAAGCACGGGUGAGAAGUUCAGCCCACUGGAAGAUGGUGUGGAAGGAUUCCCACUUGAUCCUCCCUCGGGAGCAGAGAAUGGCUUCCCUCAAUCUGGUCAUCCUGGUGCAUAUGGAAACUCAUGGACUCAAAAGGUUAACAAAGAUGAGCACAGGAUGGUUCCUGGCCGUUCUUAUAGUUCUAUGAGGGUCCCAAAUGGUCCUCAGCUAAGGACCCAGACAUCCUAUAGGCCUCAGUCUGGUGCUGACCCCAAAUUCACAGAUUCAGUGGCAGCAAAAGGCAGUUCAAACCGGUACAGUAGGCUUGAUGUUACUGAGCCCUCGGAGAAGCAGAUGCUUGAUAGACCUUGUUCAACUCAUAAGAAAGACUAUGGAGUUGGGGGAAAGGACUCAACAGUGAUGGGUUAUGGAACUAAGAACAAAAGAAUCCACUACUCUGGACCAUUGGUGCCACCAGGGGGAAACAUUGAAGACAUGCUCAAAGAACAUGAGAGGCAGAUCCAACAAGCAGUUCGCAACGCACGCCUUGGCAAGGUCAAGAGCAAGAAGAACUUCUAAGAAGAUUACAUUGAAGGCACUCUUUCGCAGCACAAACGGCAGUUCAGAAAAUAAAAAAGGCUGGUUUUGACUUACAAUGUUGAAAUGGAAGAAUAGUAAAGCUAAAGCCACAAUUUUCUUGAUCAGCACAGAUGGAAAGUGAUGUUGGAUGUCAAGUUUGCAUGAUGGCACGAUGAAGGAGCUUGUGGAGGUUCAAAUCCAGUUUCUAUAUGCACUUUGCAGUUUUUACAUGCAGGACUGGUAAACUUCAUGCACAACUGCCAAUAGGAUAUUUAAUGGAGCUUUGAGUUAUGGUGUAACUUUAAAAGAGAACGAUUUAAGGCCAGAGUCACUUGGAAUUUGUUUGGCAUGUGUGACACUCUGAGGCCAAGGGAAUGGAUCAUGGAAAGCCAAAAGAAGAGGGGUCUAUUUUCAGUUGCAUAUCAUCAUGUAAAUCAUACUCAUCUUCUCAAAAAUUUAAUGAAUGUAUCUAGGAAAAGCUCUGUAUAUUUUAUAACUGGUUGGCCUGUGAGUGGAUAACAAAAUGAUCUCCUUCAACUUAAAGUAAGUACACUUAACAGUUACCUUACAAAGUACAUGUUAGAAAGGGCAUGAUAUUUUAAUGAUAAAAUGGUUUGGAACAACAUUUAGAU